GAGACUCUGAUUCUUCACCGGCGAUCCGCAGCGCUCACCGCAGCCGUAGCAUGAGUUGGCGGCCGCCGAUCUCGCCUGGCCGCCUCCUUCUCGUCGUCCAAUUCGUCGCCCUCUGCUCGAUUCCUGGGGCUUUUUCUUCGAGGCUUGUCACACUUGAUACCAUUGAUAUAUUUACCACUCAUGAAUGGUUCUCCAGACCAACUGUGUUUUUCCGCUGCAGUGGAGAUAACCAGACAUAUUUGCCUGACGUGAAGGAGGCAAAUUUGAUAUAUACCUUUAAGGGUGAAGAAUCAUGGCAGCCCUUAACGGAACUUCCAGAAAAGAAGUGCAAGCGAUGUGGUUUGUACGAACAGGAUAUGUUUAGAAAUGAUGUGUUUGAUGAAUGGGAGCUGUGUUCUAGUGACUUCAAAGAUGGCAAGUACACACACUUCAAGGAAGGGCAGUUCAAUGGGACCUUCCUGUGCCCAAACUGUACUGUCUCUGUUGGUGAUGCUGCAGCCCAUCACUCUAGCUCAGAGGUGGAAGCCAAAAAGACAUCUGUUGCUGUUACCAUAAUAGUAAGCGUUCUCGCUUCCGUUAUCGUCGUCCUCGCCUUGUUCGGAGCCUACAAGUACUGGCUGAAAAAGAAGAGGGAGCGGGAUCAGUUACGAUUUCUCAAGCUCUUCGAGGAGGGAGACGACAUGGACGACGAGCUGGGCCUGAGCAAUGAACUCUAAGAUAGCGAAUACAGUCUGACGCCCUGAUCUCCAAUCAUCCCAGAUUAGUUCACGUCGCCGUGUAUAAAAUGUUCUUCUUCUUUCCAUUUCUCUUUUCAGUUUUUAGCUUCAAAUUUUUGUGAUGUACAGCACCUCCACGGUUGAAAGACACGACUCUGACAGCAACAGAACAACUCUUUCGAUU